AUGUUUUGCAGGAAUGAAAAGUUUUAUACUUGUUGUGAUGAGCCCUACUUGGACAUAACAUUUAAUAUUACAAUGAGAAGAAAAACGCUUUUUUAUACAGUUAAUAUAAUAAUACCGUGUAUGGGAAUUUCUUUCUUAACUGUAUUGACUUUUUACCUUCCUUCGGAUAGUGGAGAAAAGGUUACUCUAUCUAUUUCCAUUCUUAUAAGUCUUCACGUGUUCUUUCUUUUGGUGGUUGAAAUAAUUCCUCCGACAUCAUUGGUUGUUCCUUUAUUAGGGAAAUAUUUAAUAUUUGCAAUGAUUCUUGUGUCUAUAAGUAUCUGCGUGACGGUUGUCGUUUUGAACGUUCAUUUCCGAUCCCCCCAAACUCAUAGAAUGGCACCAUGGGUUAAGCGCGUGUUCAUUAACUUCUUGCCCGCCUUUUUAUUUAUAAAAAGACCUAAAUACAAUUUUGAAACAAGCAAAUUUCUUUUAAAGGAAGGACACACUUGUUUCUACCCUUUUUACUCUACUAAUAAUAUUGAUAAAAUCGUGUCUUCAGGAUAUAAUUAUAAUCAUGAAACGGAAGAGCUAUCACAAAGCAUAACAGAGAAUGGACCUUUUGGUGGAAGCUGUCAAGUCCAUGGCCCUGUGCCGCCACUCAGCCUAUGUAGCUCUAACGAAAUAGCAGCAGUCCCGGACAUAGACAUCGGAUCUUUGGGACUAAAGAGUCCCUUAAUAAACGAUCCAGCAUUUUCACAUUCCAAAUGCCUUCCCAAAAUUCAUAAAAGUUGUUUUUGUGUGCGUUUUAUAGCGGAGCAUACUAAAAUGCAAGAGGAUUCGACAAAAGUAAGUUUUAGCUUAAUAUUUAACAGUGCCAAAGAUUUUAAUUUUUCGGGUUUUUACUCUUAA